AUGUUUUUUAUAUUAUAUUUUAUGGUUUCAAUUGCUUGGUGCAUAGCACAAAAACAAAAUAUUCUUCUAAUAAUUGUCGAUGACUUGAGAACGACUUUAGAAUGUUACGGCGAUGAAAAGGCUUAUACACCGAACAUAAACCGAUUAGCAAAAGGGGCUGCCAUUUUUACACAAGCAUUUGCCCAGCAAGCUUUGUGCGCACCAAGUAGAAAUUCAUUUUUAACAAGUAGGAGACCAGAUACACUCCAACUUUAUGACUUUUAUAGUUAUUGGCGAAAAGAUAUUGGUAAUUUUACAACAUUACCGCAACAUCUAAAGAAUAAUGGAUACAUUACUAAAUCUAUAGGAAAAGUCUUUCAUCCAGGAAUAAGUUCAAACAACUCUGAUGACAGUCCUUACUCGUGGACGGAAGUACCUUUUCACCCAUAUACAGAGAGGUACAAAGAUGCUCCAGUUUGCCAAACGAAUUUAAGAACACUACCUGCACAAAAUCUGGUGUGUCCAGUUAAAGUAUCAUCAAUGCCAAAUAAAACACUGCCAGACAUAGAAAUACUAAAGGAAGCUAAACAUUUUAUACAAAACCAUGCAAGGAAUCCCACCCCUUUCUUUCUGGCAGUUGGAUUUCAGAAACCUCAUAUACCUCUAAAAUAUCCUAGAAAAUAUUUAAAACAUCACCCACUGCAUAAAUUUAAAGUACCUGACCCGUAUAAAUGGCCAAAGAAUAUUAGUAGCAUUGCUUAUAAUCCUUGGAUAGAUUUAAGAAAGAGGAAGGACAUUGAAAAAUUAAAUCUUAAAUUCCCAUGGGAGAAAAUACCAGAUAAUUUUGCUAAAUUAAUUAUACAAGCAUAUUAUGCAUCUGUGACUUAUAUUGAUGAUCUAAUCGGUAAAUUAAUUAAUCAAUUAGACACUUUGUCAAUUCGACAGAACACUACUAUAAUACUAACAUCUGAUCAUGGAUGGUCGUUAGGCGAACACGCAGUGUGGGCGAAAUAUAGUAAUUUCGAUGUUACUUUGAGAGUACCCUUAAUAAUAUACAUUCCAGGCUUAACAAAAAAUAGAUUGUAUCUAUCAACAAACUCAGUACUUGUACAUUCUCUAGUCGAGUUGGUUGAUGUUUUUCCAACUAUCGCAGAUUUGGCGAACAUUCCAAUACCAAUUUGUUUCGAUGAAAGUAAGAAAAAAGAAAUUGAUCGUAUGGAACAAGAUUUUAUACAUCCAGAAACCACCUGUAGUGAAGGUGUUUCUCUUAUGCCACUUCUACAAGCCGCUUUAAAACAAGAGUUUUUGCCAUGGAAAAAAGCAGCUUUUGGACAAUAUCCAAGACCGGGUAUUAAACCUUCCGUGCACCCAAGUAGCGACGAACCUCGUUUAAAGAAUAUAAAAGCUAUGGGAUAUACUUUAAGGACAAACAGAUAUCGUUACACAGCUUGGCUGCGAUUUGAUUCUCGUGCAAGAGUACCAGAUUGGAAUGAUAUUAUUGCAGAAGAAUUGUACGAUCAUGAAAUCGACAAGGAUGAGAAUAAAAAUCUGGUAGGCUUUCCAGGAUACCUGGCACAAAAAGAGGAACUUGAAGAUUUACUGCGACGAGGCUGGAGAUAUGCUUUACCUGGAAAAAUGAACUUUUAA